GAAGGAAAGAGAGAGGGAGGGAGAAAGAGAAAGCAACAGAGGGAGAGAGAAAGAGAAAGAGUGUGAUGUCAAACCAGCUGAGCUCAGAAAGUAAACAGAGCUCCAGACUGCAGCAUGCUUUCUGCGGUACGGGGACUGCAGCUGGGGGAAAGCCAUGGGGGGACCCCUACGCUCCCUCACACAGGCACCCACCACUCCCCCGGGACCCGUGGAUCUUCUCUCUUCAUCACUCUCUUCAUCCUCAUCUCCCUGUACCAGGGGCUAGCAUGGCCCUACGACUACAGGUACCUAUAUAACCAGUGUCCGGGCCCAGAGUGGAACGUCAUGUGUCGGGGCUGCUGUGAGUACGACGUGAUCCGCUGUAAGUGUCCCCUCCAAGGCACCCCCGUUGGCUACGCUGUGCCUUGCUGCCGCAACGCCCUCAACGAGUGUGACCCCUGCAUCAUUCACCCAGGUUGCAGCAUAUUUGAGAACUGUAAGCGGUGUAACAAUGGGACGUGGGGGCCCAGAGAUGAUUUCUUCGUCAAGGGGAAGUACUGUGCUGAGUGUCGACCCGGCUGGUCAGGCGGUGACUGCUUGAAGUGUGGAGGAGUGAUCCGUAAACAUCAGGGCCACAUAGUCCUGGAGAGUUACCCCACCAACGCUCGUUGUGAGUGGACUGUUCAGGUGGACCAAGCAUUCACCAUCGAUUUCAGGUUUAUGAUGCUGAGCCUGGAGUUUGACCAUUCCUGUCGCUACGACUACAUCGAGGUGCGUGAUGGUGACAGUAUCAACUCUCGUGUGAUUGGUCGGUUCUGUGGGAACAACAGGCCUGCUCCAAUCCAGAGCUCUGGCAACUCCCUACACGUCCUGUUUGUAGCCGAUGGCUAUAAGAACUUUGACGGCUUCUUCGCCACCUUCCAAGAAAGCUCAGCAUGCAGCUCCUCCCCCUGUCUCCAUGAUGGAACCUGUAUCCUGGACACGUCCCAGUCCUACCACUGUGGCUGUCUGGCUGGCUACACUGGACAGCGGUGUGAGAAUGUUGUAGGGUGCAGGAGGCCCCCAGUACCUAUCCAUGGCUCCACAGAGGGGAUAUUCCAUCACUCAGGGGCGCGAGUCACAUUCCGCUGUGACCCUGGGUUCGAGCUGAGAGGGAUCCGCACCGCCAUCUGCCUCCAGGAUGGCACCUGGAGCACCCCUGCCCCCCAGUGUGUGCCUAUGGUGAAAUUAUGUGCCAUCCCAGCCAAGCCUGUGCAUGGAGACCACUUCCUAGUCUACGGGCCCAAUGAUAUCAUCAUAGCCCUGCAGUACCUGUGCUACCGGCCCUACAAGCUGAGCGGGACGCACCAGAGGACCUGUUUGCCCAACAACACCUGGAGCGGAACACCCCCCACAUGUGGUAAAGUGAAUAAUACACUUGCUGAACCAGGCAAGGACAAAGGAAAUGACAAAGCAAGAGAUACAGAAAAGGACAAAGAAAAGGAUGCAGAAAAAGAGAAAGACACUGACAAAGACAUUGAAAAACCCAAAGACAAAGAGAAAGACUAUAAUACAGGUAUCAAAGAGGACGUGGCUGGUAAAGAUCCAGACGCAGGCCUGAGGAACACAACAGUGGAUGGUAAAGAUCCAGACGCAGGCCUGAGGAACACAACAGUGGAUGGUAAAGAUCCAGACGCAGGCCUGAGGAACACAACAGUGGAUGGUAAAGAUCCAGACGCAGGCCUGAGGAACACAACAGUGGAUGGUAAAGAUCCAGACGCAGGCCUGAGGAACACAACAGUGGAUGGUAAAGAUCCAGACGCAGGCCUGAGGAACACAACAGUGGAUGGUAAAGAUCCAGACGCAGGCCUGAGGAACACAACAGUGGAUGGUAAAGAUCCAGACGCAGGCCUGAGGAACACAACAGUGGAUGGUAAAGAUCCAGACGCAGGCCUGAGGAACACAACAGUGGAUGGUAAAGAUCCAGACGCAGGCCUGAGGAACACGACAGUGGAUGGUAAAAAAGAUGUUAAAGACAAAAACAUAGACAUUACUCUGGUUAACAUCCCAGGACGAAACGAGGAUAAAACAAGUGACAAAGAAAAAGAAACUGGGCUCGAGAAACCUUCUGGGGGUACCAAGGAUAAAGUGGACAGUAAAGAAACGGAUGACAUUGUAAACACAGUGGAGGGAGAGAGAGAAAAUGACAUGGGGAAAACCAUCGCAGACAUAGAUGGCAGUCCAGAUACUGGGGGAGACACAGACGUGAUACGGGAGAUAGGAAAGACAACAGAGAUCCCUGAGAUAGUGGUGGUGGUGGAAGAUAAAGGACAGGAGGAAGAGAAGAAGAAAGAGGAUCCAGUAGAUAAAAGCAGUGAUCCAAACAUAGUUGAUCCUAAUGACUUAAAACCUAGGGGAGACACAUUUGCCAUAGAUUACACUGAGUUAAAACCUAGGGGAGACACAUUUGCCAUAGAUUACACUGAGUUAAAACCUAGGGGAGACACAUUUGCUGUAGAGUACACUGUUACGGAUGUGUUUGGCACCAAUGACAUAGAGCAGGGUAUGAAUACAACAAUGUCUAAAGACAUUGUGAAGAUUUUCAUUCCAACUAGAAACAACAACACACAGUCCACCCCAUAUUCAUCAGGAGGUCAGGAAACCGAGAGGCUGGUGGAAAAGCCACACGAAGAUAUAGGAGCAACUAAAGAUGUAGGCUCAACUAAAGAUACAAUGGCAAGUACAAGCAAACCUGAAGAGGAAAAUACUGGAAAAGAUUCUGACAAAACAACUAAAGAGGAGUCUGAUGAUGAGAAGAGAGAAAACCAAAGCAUCAGUGAGGAGAGCUGUCCCCCUCUCCCACAGCUCUACCAUGGGUACCAGCAGGUAGUGCCAGGGCUGGUGCCAGAGACAGUGGAUUUAUUUUGUAAUCACUCCUACGCUCUGAGUGGUGACGCCAGACGCACCUGCCAGCCUGAUGGAACCUGGGGGGGCACUCAACCCCUUUGUGUGAGAGCCUGCAGAGAGUCCAAGGUCUCAGAGCUGGUCAGACAGAGAGUUCUGCCUCCACAAGCUCCAUCCAGGAAUCUCAAUGGAACCCUCUCAUCUCUCAGGAAGACCCCUGUGCAUAAGCUCUACUCAUCCUCUGGGUUUGUGAAGAUGUUCCAGUCUGUCGGCCCCACCAAAGUUCCCCCAAUGCUAUCCCAGCUGCCCCAGGGGUUCCACCACCUCCACACUCACAUAGCGUACGAGUGUGCCUCUCCCUUUUACCAGCACUCAGGCAGUGCACGCCGCACCUGCCUCAAGACUGGCAAGUGGAGCGGGCGUCAUGUCUCCUGUUCACCAGUGUGUGGGAAGCACCCCACCUUUGACCCCCAGAGCCCGGCAGAGUCCCACUGGCCCUGGCUAGCCGCCAUCUACCAACGUCCCACCAACGGAGCAGGGACCAAGCUGGACAAGAAGGCCAGCCUUGCGGGGUCACUAAAGAAGGGGACUGGAGCUGAAUCAGGUGCUGGGGUUGGAUCCCAGGGGCAGGAUGAGGCCUCAGGCUGGCAGCUGGUGUGUAGCGGGGCCCUGGUGAACCAGCGGAGUGUGGUGUUGGCAGCCCACUGUGUGACUGAACUGGGGAAGCUGUACCCUCUGGGUGCAGCCACGGUCAAGGUGGUGAUGGGAAAACACUACCGCAGUGACCUCCGGGAGACCAAGGGCCUGCAGCAUCUCAGGGUGGCCUCCAUCUCUAUCCACCCCAACUACGACCCCCUGGUUCUUGACUCAGACCUGGCAGUGAUCAAGCUGCUGGACAAGGCUCGUAUCGGGGAGAAGGUCCUGCCCCUCUGCCUACCUGACAUCCAGGGGAGAGAGGUGACCUCCAGAGAAGGGUUGGUGACGGGCUGGGCCCCCCUGCCAGAUCCCCGGAUCGGGGAAGAGGAGCAGGCCAGGGUGGGUGUGCAGCACCUGGCCGACGUGGUGCCCUGCGAGCAGCAGUAUGCCCGUAAAGGGGUGCCCGUGAGCGUCACGGACAACAUGCUCUGUGGCCGCCAGCGACCCAACUAUAGCCCAUCUAACAUCUGUCCCGCGGACACAGGGGGUAUCCUGAUCCUUCCUGCCCAGACAGGCUCCCCCCAGGACCCCUCUCUUGCCUCUUCAGAGGGGCAGGACACAUCCAAAGGGGAGUGGCGGCUGCUGGGGUUGGUAAGUUUCGGGUAUGACCAGGGAGAGUGUGACCCAGAACUGUUUACAGUGUACACACAUGUGGCCAACUUCAAAGACUGGAUAGAGAGCCAUAUGAAGUGACAUCGCCAGGAUGUGACUCGCCCUGUAUCUCUUUUUCCUCCCUCUCUUCAACCAACAACUCCCUCUUUUGCUUCAUCAUUAUUCCCCCUCUUACUUUUAUUUGCCAACAUUUUUCUCCAUUCUCCAUUCUCAUUUUUCUAAAUUUUUCUUCCAUCUACCUGCUUCUUGUCAUACCCAUGCAGGGAGUGUGAUCACAAAAGAGCAGAGUAACACUGGACUGUACAGUGCUCUGAACUGACUUUAGGAGGCCCUAACACAAACGGAUCAGAUAGAGCUGCCCUCCGCACAGUACUUCAGUGUUCAGGUUUUACCUUAAAUUUGGUCUUAGACUUGAAAACGAAAACCAGUUCCCUGGGAAAAGCUGGUUUUCAUUGUAUUCUUUGAUAUGUAUAUAUAAUGUAAUGAAUUAUUAUUAAGGCUCUGUACGUGGUUCAAGGGAUGUACAUAUUGUAUAGAAGGACAUAAAUGUAAUGUUGUUUUUAAUGAAAGAUAUGUGAUUGUGUGUAAAGAAACGGGGGUCUGGUUAGAGUUGUUCAUCGAGUGUGGUUCUGUGAGCUUUCAUCCAGCAUUAAUUCAAAGGAUACCCAUGUGAUUCUACUAAACAGAGUUGAGAGAGAGAACCUGGUGCUUGCUAUGUAAACCAGACAGCCAUUUGGCCAGGACCAGAGAAAGCCUAUGAAUGAAUCCAGAUCAAGUAUAAGGGCUGCAAUCGAACACCUGCAAAUUGAAAUCAUUAACAAAAUAAUUGAUGUGCCUACACAGUUAAUAAUGUGUGUAUAACACAGUUAAUAAUUUAAGUGUUGACCCCUCUGCAAGCCUCUAAAGAGAACAAUUGGUAAGUAAUCUAUGGAGAAAGUGUAGUGUGAACAUUUAGCUACAGGGUGGCAGUUUUAAAACGUCAAUUUAUAUGGAUUUAUGUGGAGGGAUGCUCUGGUAUUGGUAUUUUGGUAUUUUAUUAGGAUCCCCAUUAGCUGUUGCAAUAGCAGCAGCAACUCUUCCUGGGGUCCACACAACAUGAAACAUGACAUAAUACAGAAGAUGAAUAGACAUGAACAGAUCCAGGACAGAACUACAUCAAUUUAAAACAAAGGCACACGUAGCCUACAUAUCAAUGCAUACACACAAACUAUCUAAGUCAAAUAUAGGAAACAGGCUCAGCCCAAAUCUCACAACCAGAGGGAUUGGGUAUUCAUACACACCCAAAUGGUACUAACUCCACUUUCUCUCUUAAUGUCCACAACAUCUACAAAAAAAAGUCAGAACAAGCCCACAAGCCCAGCACAGUUUUUGAUCAGCUUGUACUUAUCAUGAACAUAUUUGUGUGAUGUGUGUGAUGUACUGUAAGUGUGUGUGUGUCCAUUGUUCUCUGCCAUACAUUGCAGCACAUCUACCGUAGCCCACCUUGCUCUUUCUUCUCACACACGCGCACACACACACACAGAGACACGCAGACACACACACAUGCAGACACACACACACGCACACACAUAUACACGCAAACACACACAGUGUCUGAAAGAUGAACAGAUGAAGGGGUAUUUCUACCACAUUGGGGGAACUGCUGUGUCUGUGAUUGUGUUAUAGGCGCUUGGGUUAUGAGUCAUGAUGAUUCUGGGAAGGAGAAUGAGCUGGUGUUACUGGUGAUGCUUAGGCUGGGGUGCCAUCCUUGUGAUAGCACUUCAAAGCUUAUGAAGAGUAAACAACCAAUCAUUGCAUAUACUGUUUGUGAUUCAAAUACAAUAGUGGCCUCAUGGCAAUGUGAAAUGGAAAAUGGCAGUGAGAUGUCCAUCUUUCAUUGUACAGGAAUAGGAAUCAUCUUGGGAGGUGUUUCGACGACAUCUACAAGAUUGCCUUAGCAAGCUGAGAGACAUCACAUUGUAGAAAAUCUGCUCUUGGCAACAAUUACAAUCUGACCAUAGCCGUCCCUUGGACACUCACUGCCCUGGUAGGAAUAGUCUGUACAAAAAAUACGUGGAGGGAGAUCGAAGUUCAAUAAAAUCUUUUGAUGGAUAUCAUCCUAGAGACAAUAUACUUUCUCUUUCGCACAGGAACAAGAUUUAUGAAAGCUUUUCUGUCCCCUUUCUCCUCCUGUUUACUGGAAAUGGACAAGGUCCUCAUUUAGGCCCUUAAUUCCCCUGGGUAGGGAGCUUUUCUACCCCGGCUGAAAGCAGACGUAUUCUCAGGCCCCUGUUAGUUCACAGGUCAACAUCAGUAUAGCCGGCCAACACUUCACCACAACUUGACUGUUCUGCUGGGAACUAGAGUAUGACCCUGAGCCCAGUGGAAAGCACCUGACAAUGCUGAGAAAAGUGCUGCAAUGAGGGCGCUAUAGAGUGUUUGCACUAAAGAGGCAAGGCACUUGACACCUGACGUAGGCCUACACAAAAUGGCCGAUCACAGUCCAGUUUCACAGUCAAAUCAAGCUGUACUACAGAUGUCACUAGUGCUGUGUAUUCUUUAGAGCAAAGAAAAGAGAUCCGCCUUGACUCACUCGUUGGAGACUCCAGGGAGAGGGAAUUAGACAACAAAGAGAUCACCUUCCUUCCUGUCGACAUGAGAGAGACGUAGGACUAGUCUUGUGAUGUUCUCAGGGUUCUGCUGUGUCCAUGGAGACCGUGCAUUUACUUUUAACCUCCCCAGUGGUGUUCGGUGAUGUGUUUACGUCCCCUAACUAUCCCUACCACACAGACCACAUACACACACCAUCACCACCACCACCACCCCCACCCUCCUAGCCCCUGAUCUACUCACCCUGCCUGCCUGCCACCCCAUCCUCUAUUUCUCCCCUCUCCAUCUCCACCCCAUGCAUAGCUAUGAGGGGCUUUAGGCACAAAACAGAAAACAUAUUAUUCAGUCCUAUACAUGUGCAGACACAUAUACAGUACUUGCACACAUAAGCACCUAUACUAAGAUGACCAGAUUUCUGAAAUUAAAACCGGGGACAUUUCCAGCUCGGCGGACAAUAUAUCAUUAAAAUAUCCAAUGUUAUUAUCUCUGAAAUAAAAAAGGGGGACAAUUCCGGUUUCAUGUAUUUAGUCUAACAGGCACACUGUGAUAGACAGAGAAAACAACUGUUACAGAAACACUACAGACAAGACAGAACUGUCCGAUCUGAACAGCCAUUCAGUGGUCCUGGUAGUCUGGGUAGACUAAGAGCAGAAGAGAACAUUAGCAAAAUUGAAGAAAAAAAACAGACAAUAAUAUAUGUGAAAUACAUAACAACAUAAUAAAAGAAAUAAGACGAU